AACACUUUCGUUUUCAUUUAGAGAUGUGGCUUAAGCUCGAAAGAUAAUCUAAGCCUUUCUUUAAUAAAAUGAUAUAUUUUGUUGUAAUUAGUACUUAUUUAUCAUGAAAAUUAAACAGGAACUUGGUUCCUAAAUGUGGUUUAGCGGGAAUGCUUUUCUAAUCUCCCACAAAAUCGUAGUCUUUUGAUGGCUUUGAUAAGAAAACCAAGUAAACCGGUUGCUGGCCAACUCUACUGACGAGCUGCUGUUUGAUUUUGGCUGAUUGGCCGCUUUGGUCAAAACAAUCGGGUGCCGAACGCCGCGGAGAACACAACGCACCCGCAACAUGACGGCCAAGAUUAGGUUGCGAUCUCAGUUGCAUUUAUUGACGGGAUUCACGGGAGGAUUCGUGUUUGCCUUCGUCCUCCUUUUGUAUGUCUACGAUGUGGGUAGAGAAGAGCCGUGCUGGAGCAGCUCCACGACAUUCUCCACAGCCACGGCGACUUUGGCCAGGAUAGCAGAAGUUCCUCCGUCGCGAAUACUGUGCAUGGUACUCACCCAUCCGGACAAUCUGGACGGACUGGCCAGAACUGUCCAUGACACCUGGGGUCAGCGGUGCAGCCACCUGGUAUUCGCCAGCAGUGACACCUACGAGCCUCUGGGCGUGGUCCAGGUGGUGGAGCCCAACGGCGGUGGCUACGAGGAUCUGUGGAACAAGACCCGCGAGGGGUUUCGUCAUGUCUGGGAGCAUUAUGGACGCGACUACGAUUGGUUUCUCAAGGCGGAUGAUGAUACAUACGUUAUAAUGGAGAAUCUCCAGUACCUGCUCAGCGGCUUCGAUCCGGAAACGCCAGUUUAUUUUGGAUACAAAAUGUCACGCUAUAAUGUGAGUUACAUGUCCGGUGGAGCUUCUUAUGUUCUAAGUCGAGAGGCUCUUCACCGGUUUAUGACCCAGGCUUACGAAUCAGAUGUUAUAUGUCCACAGCCUAAGAAAAUGGGCAUCGAGGACUUUUACAUGGGAAUCUGUUUGCAGAACGUGGGUGUCCAUUUUGUAGAUUCAACGGAAGCUUUAGCUGGAGACACAAAGCCAAAGUUUAUGCCAUUGGACUUAGAGAACUAUCUAGCGGAUUCAAACUCAAGUAUACCGGACUGGUUGCGCCUCAUGAGUGUGGGAUCUGUUGAAACAGGCCUUAGAUGCUGUUCCAAUUACUCUGUGGCCUUCCAUUAUGCCAACCACGAACGCAUGCUCCUGUAUGAAUUUUUACUUUAUCAUCUGAGAGUCUUUGGUCGAGCUGAGACCACAGAAACCUACAAAAAGUAUCAGUUAAGCAUAACCGAUUUGAUGAGCCGUUUCCCUCUGGAAAAUAACUCGUAUAUAAAAGACUUGCAACAAAUGUCAGAGAAGCCUGACAAUUUUUAGACGUUUAAUCUACAUAUUUAUGAUCUUAUCAGUUAAGCCUAUGAUGUGAUUUUAAUUUAAUAAACGUGGAAGCUGUACCGGUUUAUGAAUUGUAAAGCCUUAAAUUUUAAACUUGAAAUUUUGAUACC